AUUUGGCGUUUUGACCGUAGUUUCUGACAGCAAAGGAAAAUUGGUUGAAAAGCUCUAUAACCCACCUGAAAAGACAUAAAUCUCAAAACAAAAGAUGUCUAUACGCCUGUCACAAAGAUUGCUACAGUUACGGGCGCCAAUCCUAACUCGUGGUUAUCCGCUGCUCGUGACCAAGGAGAAGACCGAAGAUGUGCUACACACAAAAUCUGCGCUGCAAAAGAAACUAACGGGCACCGAUAUACCUUCGGCGCAGUAUGGUGGCCGUCAUGGUGUCACUAUGUUACCCGGUGGCGGCAUUGGACCGGAAUUGAUGGGCUAUGUUCGUGAAAUCUUUCGUUAUUGUGGUGCACCAAUUGAUUUUGAGGUAAUCGACAUUGAUCCAUCCACCGAGGGCAAUGAUGAUCUCGACUAUGCGAUCACCUCGAUUAAGCGCAAUGGCGUCGCGCUCAAGGGCAACAUUGAGACGAAGUCGCACGGCCUGGAGGAGAUGUCCCGCAAUGUCGCACUCCGCAAUGAGCUAGAUCUCUAUGUGAAUGUGGUGCACUGCAAAUCGUAUCCGGGCAUACCUGCCCAUCACAAGGACGUUGAUAUUGUACUCAUCCGCCAGAAUACGGACGGUGAGUAUGCGAUGUUGGAACACGAAUCUGUCCGCGGCGUCGUGGAGAGCAUGAAGGUCGUAACAGUUGAGAAUGCUGAGCGUGUGGCUCGUUAUGCCUUCGAGUAUGCCCGUCAGAAUAAUCGCAAGAAAGUGACGACCAUUCACAAGGCGAAUAUCAUGAAGCUGUCGGACGGUCUCUUCUUGGAGGUGGCCAAUCGUGUGCACAGAGAUUAUCCCGAGUUGGAGCACAAUAAUAUGAUUAUCGACAACACCUGCAUGCAGGCCGUCUCCGACCCACAUCAGUUUGAUGUCAUGAACAUGACCAAUUUGUAUGGCACCAUUGUAUCGAAUGUGAUUUGUGGACUCAUUGGCGGCGCUGGUCUGAUCUCUGGACGCAACUAUGGCGAUCAUUAUGCUGUCUUUGAGCCGGGCACCCGCAACACUGGCACUGCCAUUGCCGGCAAGAAUAUUGCCAAUCCCGUGGCGAUGAUCAACGCCAGCAUUGAUAUGUUGAAUCAUUUGGGUCACAAGGAGCACGCCAAGGUUAUCCAUGAUGCCACCUAUCAGACUAUUGUUAAAGAUGCCAUACGCACGCCAGAUAUUGGAGGCGUAAACAGCAGCACUGAUGUCGUUGAAAACAUACUCAAAAUCUUGAGUGCCAAGCGUGUUAAUUGGCCACAUGGAAACUAUUUCAACCAGAGUUAAGAGAAACCAAAAACAAAAAACUAAAUACAAAAACCAAAACCAAAAGUCAAUGCCCUACUAAAACAAAUACCAAAAUCUUAUAUUAACCCACAACUAAGCCAAUCAGAGUCAACUCUUGUACAGAUUUGUUUCGCCCCAAAGCCAAUGCAUAACAGCGUUUAAUUGUGAUGUCUGAAUAUAAUAAUAGAAGCAAUCCAUUUAUUUGCUCUGCUUUACCAAAAAAAAAAAUCUCCCCGCCCCGGCUAAGUGUUAUGUGUUCUGUGCUCCUCCGAUGUUCAGGUACUGCAGAAUUUCUUACGUUCUUCAAUGGUUUUGAACACGAUCUGCUUUGACUCUUUAAUUUGCUAACCCACUAUUACUAUCCAUAAGCAUGUCAACUCGGACUACUAUACUCUAAAAUAUUUUCAAGUUCCAAAUGUGUACAGUGAAGCUAUUUAAUUGUAUAAUAAAUUCAAACGCGAUCAUAACUAUGUAGAACGAAAUUCAAUAAAAUGUAUUAUUCUGUUCGAA